AUGGAUAGUAGCUCUCAAACUCUCAAUAAAAUAAAUUUAAAUCUUAAUAUUUAGAGCAGUUAGAACAUUCAAACAAAAGAAGUUGAUGAGUUGGUUAUUAAAAUUCUUACCUAUCGCAACAAAACGAAUGGUAGAGUUUAUGACACUAUUAAUUAAGAUUAUCUUCUAAAUCUCCUUGAUAAAACUAAGAUUAUUGAAAUUGAAAAGAGCUUCCCGACAAAAGGAUUGGAUAUCAUUGAUUUUGUGAGGUUAUUUUUAAAUAAUAUUCCUCAUAGAGAAGAUGAAACACUUUAUUUAGCAAUAUCUUUAAUUGAUUUGUUCAAGCGUAUUUCAGAAAAUCUUAACCUAUCUUCCACAAUUUAAAUGAAACACAUUACCUCAGUUAUUUGUGAUAGAAUGCAAGAAAAAAAUAGCGCUCAGUAUAAAAUAUAGACUGUUUUAAUGCCUGAGCCUUAGAAAUUUAGAUUAGAUGCAUCAACAAUCAGAUCUAUUGAUAUCGACCCACCACCAAUAUAUGGGAGAUAUGAUGAUGAUUUGUAAAGAUUGGUCAAAUAAAAAAUUAAAACAGAUUCAAUGCAUCAUUUAAAUCAUCGCAUAAAAACUGGUGUGUAUGCUAAAGAUAUAAAAAGGAUUAUAAGUUUGGAUUCUCUUUCAGAUAGAAUUAAUAUGUAUAGCAUAGAUUGUGAACUUAAGUAGUUCAUAAGACCAAAGAGCAAUUAGCCCCAAGAAAAAAUAUCAAGUGAUAUUAUUAUAUUUAGUUUUGCAUGGAGUGAGCGAUAGGAGCGUCUAGGUGCAACUUUAAAAGAUUUUUCUUUAUGCUUCUGGGAUAGAAGUGAUAACUUUAAGUACGAGAAAUAAAUUUCUAUAUAGAGCUUCAUGAGUGAUUAUCAAACAAAUAUUUGGUAUUUAGAGUUUCCUAAUUGUUGGGUAACUACAGAUGCAAAAAAUUAGCUAUAUGAGUGGGAUUUAGAAAAGGAGAUAGUAAAGAGAACUUUAAGCUCACCAAAAAUUAAACAUACUAUUUUUGAAGUAAUAGAAAUACCUGAGUUAAAGCUAGUUGCUGUAGGUUCUUCUGAUAGAUUAAUCACUAUUUGGGAUUUUAAUAAAGGUUCGAUGGUAUAAUGUAUAGAAUUUUUUAAAGCAGGAAUCCACUCAGUUGUUUAUUUUAAAAGUUACCAAGUGCUUGUUUGUGGUGGUUUUUAGAACAAUAUUUCCCUGCAUUAGAUUGAUCCAAAAUAUUUGGAUGUGAACAAUAAGGGACUUUUAAUUGGACAUCAAAGUAUGAUUACAGCAAUAGAUUGUGUAGAAAAAACUCCAAUGAUUAUAAGCUCUGAUGAUUCAGGAACGAUUAAAAUAUGGGACAUAAGAACUUUGAAAUGCAUCCAAACAGUUGAUUGUGGUCAGAGAACAGUCAUAACUAAAAUAAUUAAUUUAUAUCCCAAAGGCAGGCUUUGUUUUUUAGGAACUAGGAUAAAUGUUAUUGAUUUCGAUGAAGCAGACCUUAUAAUUAAAAAAACUAACAACUAAGAUGAUACCUUCCCUAUCAAAGUAGAGAAUAAUUCUAACGAUCUCAUCGUUGUAACAAGAAAAGACAUAAGAUUUGUAGAUAUAGACACAGGAAAAAUAAAAUAAAUUUUUGUAGGAUUGUUAAAUGAUGCCGAGGAUGAAAUAACAGCGUUUAAAUAAAUAGAGCAAGGAAGUAAAUUUAUAUUAGGCAAUCACAGAGGAGAGAUUUCGUUGCAUAGUAUUUAAAAUGGUGAACUGAUAAACAAACUACAUUCACAUUAGAAUGAAGUGACAAGUAUUAGAAUUGAUUAUUUAAACAAGCUGCUAAUAUCUGCAGGAUGGGAUUCUAACAUUAAAAUUUAGUAUUUAACUGAUAGUGGCAGUGACAUAAAAAGAGAAAUUAUCAACUGUUUUUACAAUAAAGAAGUAACCAUUGUAGAGGUUUCAGUCUAUCACAAUCUAUUAUUUGCUGCUUCUAACUCAGAAUUUAUUUACGUAUUUGAUUAUGAAUUUGCCAAACUCCUUUACUGCAUAGAAUUAGAAAACAAAGUCGAAGUAUAAGCCAUGUCUGUUGUAAAUGGAUUUAGUUUAUUACUGAUUUCUGCAAAUAAUGGUUUUAUUUAUAUCAUCAAUUUUUCCAAGAAAGAAUAUUUAUUUACUGCUAGGCUAAUUGGAUACAUAGAUAUUCCUUAACUUAUUAAAUAUCACCAAUCAGAAGAAAAAGAGGACUUAAUUCCGAACUUGGCUCAUAAUCCACAAAUUCAAAUUAAUUCUUAAGAUUCUUUAUAGAUUCCAAUAUCUCAAUUUGUUUUUUAAUCUCAGACUACAAAAAAUUUGGCAUCUCCUAAUUUAGCCUUACGAAUAUAAAAGACCAACAUUGAUUAAUACAACUACAUAAACUCUCCUUUAACACAAUCACCUUCAUAAUUUUAGAAUACAAAUGCUUAGAAUAUAUUUACUUCGACAACUCAAAAGAUUAUAGCAGCUAAUAGAUUUAUUCUACCUUAAAUAAGCUCUGUUUAGCAUUAAUCAACUUUAGGAUACGUAGAUAAAAAUUAAAAUAGCCCUUAAAGGUUAAGUUGUCAAUAUUAAGAUGAAUAAUAAUUAUUACAACAACAGCAAUAGUAAUAAUAAACAAUUUAAUAAUUAUAACAGCCAGAAGUACCUAAUGAAACAUAAAAUAGCGAAAUUGAAUAAAAUGACUAAAGCAAGAAAGUAAUUUUCGUGAAUAAAAUUCUUCUUGACACAUAAAUAAAUGAAGAAUAAGUUAAUUAAAUGGAAAAAAAUAAUUAAGAUCAAGUAAUAAUAGAUAAUAACAAUAGAAAUAUAUCUUCAGCUAAUAGCAAUAGAAGUUAGGAAUAAGUCAAACUAACAAAAUUUAUAUUAUAUUGCUCUCUUAAUAAAGGAGAUCUUUUAGGAAUAGACUUACUUCCUUUUUGCAAAUAGUUUGACAAUAUAACUUACACUGAGCACUGUAAUUAGAGAAUAAACUACAAUGCUUUUAGAGGAAACACUGAGAAUUUCCUAAAAAGCAUUGAGUAGAUUAAAAAUGAAAAAAUGUCUUAAUAAGGUUAGCUUAAAGUAAACUCAGAAGGAAGAAAAUGCUCUGAAAAAUAGUUAAAUCAAUCAAUUUAUAAGAAUAUAAUAUUUUACAAAUAAGGAGCUCACAAAGAUAUUUUAACUUCAUUGAAAAUGAUUAAUCUAAAAGAACCUUAACUACUGACAAGCAGUAUGGAUUGCUUCAUAAAGGUUUGGAAUAAAGAUACAGGAGAUUUAAAAGCGAGCCUUAAUAUUAAUCAUCCACUUCCUUUAAUGUGGAAUAUAGAAAAAGAUAUUAUUUAGGAUGGAAAAAAGAAGAUUGUUUUUGCAUUAAAAAUUUUAGACGUUAUUUACAAGAAAUAUGGAAAAGAACUCUCUUUCUAGGAAUAAAGAAAAGUUAAAGUAACAGAUUUCCUAGCAAAUAUUUUAUCAUCUUAAAUAGAUUCAGAAAUAUUUACUCAAAACUGUACAGAAAAAAAAGAAUAACUCUAUGAAAAGCUCCGCAAAAUUCCUAUUACAGAAUGGAUAUCUAAGCUUGUAGAUCCCAAAGAGUAUAAAGGAGAAAUCAUUUUAAUGAAAGACUAAUAUUCUCCUAGGGACCUUAAGUAUGAAAAAAGCAAAUAAUUCUUCUAAACAGAAUUAACAGGUCCAAGUCUGAAAAGAAUGGAGGCUAACAAAAGAGUUGCUAUGGCUACAAAAGCUUGGAAGCAAGAAAAUGAGUCUAAGGAGGCUGAACUGGAAAACUAGUUAAGAAACGAAAACAACUUUUUGAAAAACUAUAAAUAUGAAGAGAGGGAAGAAAUUGUUCAAUUUCUAGAAGCUAACUAUCGAGAUAAAUUAAUUAACAACGAAUUUUCUAAAAUCUUAGAAGAGUUCUCAAAACCUACUUAAGAUUUCUAAAAGAAAUUAGAUCUUCAUCUUUUUUAAAAAAAGACAAAGUAAAUGAUUUAGGCAUAAAUGAAUUCAUCAAACUAAAAUUAAUUUGAAGGAAUUAUUAAGAAAAGAAACACAAAAGCAUUCAUAAAUCAUAAUGGAUAACUCUAGUCUUAGACUAAUUUAUAAUAGAACAAUUAAAAUUAACAAAGAUUAAGCUAUUAGAGUGAUAAACAAUCAUUAACCUUCAACUAAGAUGCUUAAGAUAAUAAUGAAUUACUAAUGCCUGCUCUGAUAUCAAAGAGAAGAUAAUAAAGUCUUUAAUAAGUUUAAAAAAUUAAGUUAAAAGAUUCGAUAGAUGAAACAGAAUUUAAAAAAAAGAAAUUAGAAAGCUAGAAAAAAAAAUAAAAAGAAAAAUAAAUAGAAAAAUCAAUGAAUUUUUAUGAAUAUGCAAACCAGAAGCAGUUAAUAAACCAAAAAUUAUCUUCUCCUUCAUUAUUUUAGAAUAAUUAGCAUUUAUCAUUCAUCAAUAAACAUUUAAAUCAAAGCCAAAACACUAAAAUUUAUUAAAAUUAAAUACUUGAUAGCACAAUUGACAAUUAAUCAACUGUUUUACAAGCAAACACAAGUUAAAUCUAGAAUGAAUUUACAGUAAUGCAAGAAAAUAGUUAAGUAAACGACAUUCAUUAGAGCUCAUAAAUAAACAUCCCUUCUGCUAUGAUAAAAAACAAUUCUACAACAAUUGGAAACAAUUCAACAGUUCUAAAUAUGAGCUAAGAAGAAGUAAGUCAGAUCAAUGAAAAAGGAUUCAAGGAGGGUAUUCAUAAAAUGAAUAAACUUUCUUAGGUUCUGAGAAAUAUGGACUCAAGGAUAAAGAGAGCCUAAUAACACUUUAAUGAUGACUCAAUUAUAUCUGCAUUCCUUUAAAAAAGAAAUGAAAUAAAUUAAUAACUAGACUAGAAUGAGCUUUCUAUUAAUUCAUAAUAGAAAGAUAAAGACUCUAAAUUGCUUAGAGCCAGUAUGAACUCUUCUUCAAUUCUACCAUAAAUAAAAAUAACCGAUUAAAGUCACAUUAAUAACAACACUAGCUAGCUAACUGAUAAUAACUCUAUGAUGCUAAAAGACAUAGUCAAAGAGUUUGAUAGCAAAGGAAAGAAUUAAUUUUAAUCGAUAUCAACUAAAAAUAAACACUAAAAAUCUUCAUAAAUAUUAACAAAAAAUGGGUUAGAUGUUCUUAAAAAAUUAAUUUAUGACGUACCUUCCAACGAUAAAAAAGUUCAUUACAUGAAUAAUAACUUAAAAGGAAAUAUAAGCAAGCGCUCAAAUUUAAACCAAUCGACUCCAAAUCUGUUUACUUACCAAAUAAAUUCUUAAAAAAAAAUAAAUUAUCUACCAGUUAAUAAUUAAAGCUCUUCUUCAUUUUUGCACAAUCCAAAUGAAAGUGAUGAAUUAUUAUUGAAAAUUUAAGAUUCUUUGAAUCAACAGCCAAUUGUUGCAUAAAAACUCUUGCAAUAUAAAAAAACUCUUAACAGCAAUAUAUAAAAUGCUUUUAAUUUAUAUUAAAGAAUAGAAGAUUCCCUUGCAAGUGUUACCCCUGUUAAUAUUAACUAGCAAAAAGAUAAAUGA